AUGGAAACGUUUUCCUCUCCUGAGAGAAAUGGAAGGAAAAAAGCCCAAGAAAGAUGGAAGAAAAUAAAAGGCUCCCUUAAUUUAGUCACCAGUGCGAUGAUCGCCAAUGAGCAAGACAGGAAGCUGCUUGUCCAGGGUCUUCGAUUGAAUCGCAAAAUCAAAUAUUCUGAGAAUAUCACAGAUGUACAAUUCUUGCCAAGCAGACAGGAAUACAUUAUAAUCAGUGGAAAUAAGGCACAGUUCCUGAGUGAAGACGGUCGAAAGAAAAACGGACAUGCAUUUCGUUUUACCAAAAUUCUUCAUAACAUGGAACUGAAAAGAUAUAUUGGUUGGAAUGAAGACGAAUAUCAGUUAAAUUUGCUGACAAUGCGAUUUGAAAUUCUCCAUACAGUAAAUUGUCCAGAUAAAAUCCAACAUGUUGCAUUCAAUCCUUGUAUCAAUGAACUGGUCUCUGUGUGCAGGAAUUAUCUAUGCGUUUGGAUAUUUCAGAAUGGUUCUAAGAGUUUGGUCCUAAAGCACAAAGUAAAAGUGACCAAUAAUCCAACUGACACAAUAUCAGGAAUUGUAAUUCAAAACAGCGCCAGUAAAUUGCAGAAAUGUUUUUUGUCCAGAGACGCUGAUGUUUACGUUUUUCAGGUGCGUUCCACUCAGUUCUUACUCCAUAAAAAGGAUCUGCACCAGCGAAAAAUAUCUGCCAUGACCUAUUUUAAUCCUUUCAAAAUUCUCGUCACCGGCUCUCUCGAUGGGUGCAUCAAAGUGUGGAAUCACAACUGGAACGUCUUGAUGGUGUUUGUAAGUCAUGAAAACAAGAUAACGAAACUCUGUCAUUUUCCUGGAACUACAGCACAUCUUCUGUCGGCCAGUUCGGACUUAACUCUCAGAGUCUGGAACCUUGAUGUUCAAGAGGAGGUCGGAAGGACAGACAUUGAAGAAGAUGUCCAAAUUUUCGGUUGCCAACCAGAAAGAGAAGUCUUCCACAGUUGCUCGGGAAAUGAACUCACCAUUUGGAAGAUCGAUAGAUUUUAUCAUCUUCAUAUGAACAUUGGGUUCCAGGUGACAUCGAUAAAGGUGACAACUCAUCCUGUCUACCCUCAAAGAGCCGUGGUCACCACAAACGACCUGACAAUCCGUCUAAUAAUGCCUCAAACAGCAGAACUGAUAACCAAAUUAAUUAUCCCCACAUUUGAAAAUUUACAAAUUAGAGACGUUGUGUAUGCUAUUGCAGAAGAAAUCAUUUUUGUAUCUCUUAGUGAUGCAACAAUUAUAAAAGCUUCCACGAAAAGUCAUCCAUGCAGCGUAAUCGACACUUGGCAAUACGAAGAAGGAAGAGGCUUCAACUGUCUUGUCUUAUACGAACACGUAGCCAGUAAUAUAAAAACGAAAGAAAUGAGCAACUUCAUGAAGAACUUGACCACCCAGUCUGUCGAGAGCGGAGUGCUGACCACACCGAAAAACACCAAUCGGACAAUUCUAAUUGGUGGCACAUCCAAUGGACAAAUCUGUGCCCUCGACUGGCAGACUGGACACCCAAAUAUCCAAAUACAAGCUCACAAUGGUUCAGAGGUGUUGUCACUGGUAACGAAUGUGCGCUUUGACCAAGUGAUUUCAAGCGGCAGAGAUCAUGUUAUCAAAAUCUGGCGUUUUUAUCCUUUCGCGGCCGAGUGUUUGGUUCCAUUGAUGUCCUUCUACUGUUCCUGCACGCCUACUCAAUUGACAGUUAUGAAGAACUUGCUUUGCGUAGCAUUUCAAGACCAUAAUACUCUCAACUUCAGCAUUGUGGCUUAUGACUUGGCAAAUUCAGAUCGCUUCGAUCAUUCUCCCGAGGUUGAUCACUUGGAUAGCGUCGUCGCUUUCGCCACUUGCUCAACAAUGAAUAUUUUUGCUUCUGCAAGUCAAGAUGGCACACUUAAGUUCUGGAAUGAAACAAAUGAUUUGAUCAAAACUCUCCAGCUUGCGGCCUGUCCCACCAGUCUCUGUUUCUAUGGUAACAAGGGAGACUUGUUGAUUGGAAUCGGAUUCCAGCUUUACCAUAUUCCGUAUAUGGCCUAUCUGCCAAGUUCUUACCGAAUAAAAAUGCUGUCUUUGAUGUUGGAAGAACCAAAGAUCGAUGAGUCAAUUCCAGAAGACACAGACAAGAUGAAGGAACUGGAGAAAUUUCGGAGUGGUCUGUCUCAGACCAUCAAAAGGCUUCCAGUGUAUGAAGAUAGCUUAACAAAGGAAGAAGCAGAACAUCUGGACUUGGAGAAACAACAAAAGGCACAUGCAUUCAAGGUUUUUACAGAAAGAGAAAAUGACUUACAGCUCAUUAAAGAUGGCAAAUAUUUCAGCACUAAGAAAUCCGGCCCCGAACAAAAGGAAGUCAGAAAGGAAGCGUUUGAGAAUUACCUGAAGCUCAUUUAUAAUAAAAUCAAUUUACAAAUUCCGGAAGAGCUAAUGUACCUUAACGAUGACGUUUGUGAAAAUAUAAAUAGGCCUUCCACCAAAAAAGAUGUUUCUGAAUUCGGAGCCAGUAAACCUGGAAAAAUCCCUGGUUUUUUUCCUGACUGGCGAUCAGCGUAUACUCGACCUCUACGUCCUGGCGUGAAAGUUCAAUUUCCUGGAAAUAUCAACCCAAACGGCUAUCUACCCAAUUCGGUCCUUAUCAAAUUACUGUGGGGAGACCAUAACCUUAAGAACCAAGAAGAUGACAGAAAACAACACGACACAGAAAUUAAGAAGCUUUUUACCAACUUGAGAUUCAUGCCCCCUCAACCAGUAGAGAAAGAACGUUCCUUAUCACCACCUUCACCAAUUCCUGAACCAUCACCAAGGGAAGAAACUCCGAUUCCAGAAGAAGAUCCAAGUCCGGAACCUCUCAGCGAAGCGACUAUCUCUGUCGAAGAAACCGAAAUUGUAGAAACUGUGGAAUUAGUUGCCCCAGCUGUCACAGCGAAAGCAGAAAGAGUCGUGGUGGAAGAUCCAGAAGGAAAUUCUGUGAUUAAUGUCGCGAAUAUCUUCGGCGGCUGCUCUCAGUCAAGAAGGAGUGGCGAUGUCGUCAACGACAGAAGAAUAUCCGCCCGAGAUUGGCAAAUACGAGUCGAUGGAAUGGUUCAAAAUUUGUUGCCCGCAACCAAAACAGGUCAGUGA